CCGGUUACCGAAGAUGACACAAUGUCUGCUGGUAUAAAAAGCUAGUGCCACUCCUACCAGGUCUCCACUUGUAUGUCUGGAGAGAGCUCCCCGGCGCUCUGCUGAGAAUAAAGGGAGGAGGCUGCUGCUGCUGCUGCUGGGAUCCUGCCUGUGCGCAUCUGGAGACAGACACAUAGAGAGAAGGAGAAGAGGAGAGAGGAGAGGAUGGCCACGCUGGUUCAACCCGCAGAAAUGGAGACCUUAGGCGGUCAGAGCAACACCGGGACGUCCCCGACAUCCGCCGGCUCCUCGCCGCACUUCAACGACGGCAAAUUCUACCUGCUGGUGGUGAUCGGGGAGAUCGUAGGGGAGGAUCACCUCAAGUGUGCCAUUGCGGACAUAGAGAAAGGGAUCCGCUCAUGGGACACCAACCUCAUCGACUGCAACCUGGACCAGGAGCUCAAGCUGUUUGUCUCCAGACACUCGGCUCGUUUCUCCGCAGACGUCAGAGGCCAGAGAAUUCUUCACCAUAAAAGUAAUGUCCUGGAAACAGUGGUACUCAUCAACCCGUCAGACGAAGCAGUCAGUACUGAGGUUCGUCUGAUGAUCUCAGACACUUCCAGACACAAGCUGCUGGUUCUCUCAGGCCAAUGCCUUGAAAAGACAGGAGAGCUGAUUCUUCAGUCUGGAUCUUUCUCUUUCUCCAAUUUCAUUGACAUAUUCACCGACCAAGAGAUUGGUGAAUUGCUCAGCACCAUUCACCCGGCGAACAAAGCUGUCCUUACACUCUUCUGCCCCGAACAAGGCGACUGGAAAAACUCCAACUUGGACAAACACAACCUGCAGGAUUUCAUUAACAUGAAACUAAACUCCACUCUCAUACUCCCUGAAAUGGAGGGCCUCUCAGAAUUCACCGAGUAUUUGUCCGAGUCAGUAGAGAUCCCGUCUCCGUUCGACAUGUUAGAACCACCGACCUCUGGUGGAUUCCUCAAACUCUCCAAACCGUGCUGUUACAUUUUCCCCGGCGGUCGCGGUGACUCGGCUCUCUUUGCUGUAAAUGGCUUCAACAUGCUCAUUAAUGGCGGCUCGGACAGGAAGUCGUGCUUCUGGAAACUGGUGAGACAUCUGGACCGGGUGGACUCCAUCCUCCUCACCCACAUCGGUGACGACAACCUGCCCGGCAUCAACAGUAUGCUGCAGAGGAAAAUUGUAGAGGCCGAGGAGGAACAGUCGCAGGGUUCCACAGCUACCAGUGACUGGGUGAAGAACAUGAUUUCCCCAGAUAUCGGCGUUGUGUUUGUGAAUCUCCCUGAGAACCUGGAUAACCCUGCACCUAAUUACAGAAUGCGGAGGAACGUUGAGGAGGCAGCGUCGACCCAACAGUUCCUCACCAAGCUAAAUUUGAGGAUAGAGCCUUUGCAAAGUCCUGUCGGAAACACAAUAGAACCAAUCAUACUGUUUCAGAAAAUGGGUGUCGGGAAGCUUGAGAUGUAUGUGCUUAAUCCUUCGAAGAAUAGCAAGGAGAUGCAGCACUUUAUGAAGCAGUGGACAGGUAGUGAAAAAGACACAGCUUCUAUUUUACUGCCAAACGGAAAAGAAUCUCAGUUCCCUGUCAAUAAUUUGACGUCUAUCUCUUCGCUCAUUGUGUGGCACCCUGCUAAUCCCUCAGAUAAGGUUGUGCGUGUUCUCUUUCCGGGAAAUACCACCCAGCACCACGUCUUUGAAGGUUUAGAGAAGCUAAAGCACUUGGAGUUCUUGAAGCAGCCAGUUGUCACUCAAAAAGCAAUGUCUUCUAAUAUGCCUUCAACGCCGACGCUAAAGCAAGCAAAGAUGAAAUACAGAACAGACAGCAAAGAGAGCCUGAAGUCUACCCCAAAGCCAUCACCAAGCAGGAGCAUCCGAAAGGAUUCAAAGGAGGAAACACCAGAGAAAGCAAAGACAGAUGCAGAAUCCACUCAUGAAAAAACACAAAAGACAGAGAAAAAAGAAAAGGUCCCCCUGAAAAAGGAAAAAGCAAAGGCACCUGAGAAAGAAUCAAAAGCAAAGAUAGAGCAAUCAGCACAGAAUGAAACUCCUGAAAAGAAGAAGCCUGAAAUAAAGCCCAAGGCUGAAAAGGAAAAGACCAUUAAGAAGGAGGCCAAAAUUUCAGUGGAAAAGAAAAAGGAGGUCAAGAAAGAAGUGGCAAAGAAAGAUGAUAUUCACAAACAAGAAAGUAAAAAAGAAGAAAAAGUGAAGAAAGAGGACGCAAAGAAAGUUCUAAAAAAAGACUUCAGAAAAGAAUCACCUAUGAAGGAGAAGAAGGAAGAAAAGAAAGAGCUAAAGAAAGAUGUCAAAAGGCCCUCAAAAGACAUAAAAAAGCCUGAAGAAAGGAUUGCAGCACCUAAACCAAAGCCCCUGAAAAAAGACGAUGCCUCAAACAAAUUUGCAGGGACACCGUCAAAGUCAAAAGAGAAAGGGAAGCCUAAGGUUUCAAAGAAAGAGACAAAGGUUGGUAGUGGCAAACUUGCAGCCAGCGCUGCUGCUGCUGCUGUUCCUGCUGUUGCUGCUGUUGCUGCUGUUGCUGCUGUUGCUGCUGUUGCUGUUGCAGAUGAUCCUGAAGCAGAAAGAUCUCUGAUGUCCACACCAGAGGACCUUACCAAGGACUUUGAGGAGCUCCAAACUGAAGAGUUGACAACAGACGAUGCAACGGUGCAACAAAAUCAGAAAGAAGAGGCUGUGAUGAUCCACCAUGAAGAAAUAAUACAGACCAAAGACUCACCUGAGGCCUUGGAGUCUUUGGACGAGGGUAUAACCACAACAGAGGCUGAGGGAGACAGUGGAGUGACCCCAGAGGAACAAGUUCUCAAGGUAAAACUCAACGAAAGUCCAAUUGAGAAGUUUGAAGAUGAGGGCACUGUGAUGGAGGAGACGUCUGAAGGAGGAGAUUAUGAAGAGAAGGGAGAGACAGAGGAAGUUCAUGAACCCCAGAGAAUGGAAAUGGAUAAAGAUAAACUUACUCCCAGUGAAGAGGAACACAGAGACAGACCCGAUGAAGUCAAACCAGGGGACGGUGUUCAAGACAAUGAUGGUGUGAUGAAUAAAAAUAUAGAGGAUUCACUCAUGAGUGAAAGACAAACAGAGAAACCGAAUCUGUUUGAAUCAGCCUUACCCAAAGUGUCCUCGCCUGUUUCUCCAGCCGCAUCAAUCCAUGAUGAAAUACCUCCAGUUGGCUUCGAGAGCUCAACGGCCUCAGACGAUGAGAACCAAGAUGAAGCCCCCGAUUACACCGUCACUCAGUCCACCAUCAAGAUCUCCAGUGUGCCUACUACCAUGGAUGAAAUGUUGACUCCUAGGGACAUUAUGAGCAACGAAACCGCCAAUAAAGAGGCUGAAUCUCCUCCACAGGAUAGCGACAGGUUUGUGACUUCCGUAACUGGACAGUAUGAUAGGAAGAAUAUUUCUCCACUCCAGGAUAUGCCAGGAUCAGAUCGCUCUCAUAGUGAUGCCACAGAAGGCCAGGACUACAACCACUCUGCUUCCACGAUAUCUCCACCUUCACCACUAGAGGAGGAUAAAUUCUGCAAGGGCUUUGCCUCAGCAGGGAAAGAUGAGCGGUAUGACACAGUUCAAGAGUCAUUUGAGAAGCAUGAUGCAGAUCUAACAGGACUCAGUUCAACCUCCACAACAACACCUCUUGUUCGCUCUCCCUCAGUCGACCGCAAGGAUACAUUGGAUUCCCUGUCACUUUUUGCUGCUCCAAUCGAAUUGUCCAGCACACUGACAGGGUGCACCCGAGCAACAGCAGAAUCUGUCAGCCCAGAUGACAAGACACUGGAAGGAGCUAACUCGCCUCAGUCCUCUGGUCACACUCCUUACUAUCAGUCACCAGUAGAUGAAAAAGCAGCAGGUGUACCACCUGUCUCAGAAGACAAAGCACAGGGUCCAAUAAUUGUGGAGCUCACAAGUGAUAAAGAAGAUUCCUCCAACAGAGCUACCCCAGAGCCUUAUGAGCCAGAACAAGAAAUGUGCUCUCCUGUAGAGAGGGUGGCGUCAUCUCCAAAAAGCCAAUCUCCAACUGAACCCGAUUCCCCAACAAAGAAGGAAACAUCACCAUCUGAUUUAGACCAUAAGAAGAUUGGAGAAAACAGCUAUUCAAUCUUGACCUCGGCACCGGUGACCAAACAUGACCAAACUGAUCCCGAUUCCCCAACAAAGAAGGAAACAUCACCAUCUGAUUUAGACCAUAAGAAGAUUGGAGAAAACAGCUAUUCAAUCUUGACCUCGGCACCGGUGACCAAACAUGACCAAACUGAACCCGAUUCCCCAACAAAGAAGGAAACAUCACCAUCUGAUUUAGACCAUAAGAAGAUUGGAGAAAACAGCUAUUCAAUCUUGACCUCGGCACCGGUGACCAAACAUGAUUUAGACACCAAUCCAUUUACCGCGGCCAAAGAAGAGAGCAAAAUGUCUAUUUCAGAGGGCACCACAUCAGACAAAUCAGGAUCCCCUAUGGAAGAAGUGGUAGCAGAAGACUUGUUCUCACAUUUAGCUUCAGCAUCCACUGCCUCGCUGGCCACCAGCUCCUUUCCAGAGCCGACCACCGACUCUCCUUCCCUUCAUGCUGAGGUAGGCUCUCCUCAUUCUACAGAAGUGGAUGACUCACUGUCUGUCUCUGUGGUUCAGACACCAACCCCCUUCCAUGAGGCUGAGGGGUCUCCAUCCAAGGAACAUAGCCCCAGGCCCAUGUCAAUCUCCCCAGACAUCUCACCGAAGUCAAAAAGCAGAACACAAAAUCAGGAUAUGAAAUCCCCAGAGCACUCUACCAUGUCCAUAGAGUUUGGCCAGGAAUCCCCUGACCACUCCUUAGCCCUGGACUUUAGCAAGCAAUCCCCAGAGCACCCAUCUCUGGGCAGCAGCACACGUGCUACAGAGAAUGGCCCAACUGAGGUUGACUACAGCCCCUCAGAGGGCACAGAUGUGAGACCACCUGGAGAACCUGGCUCCCCAGUGGAGCAGCCUUUACUUUUUGAAGACGUUGAUGUCCGUGCCACUUCUGCAACCCCAUCAGAUGGAUCUCAGUCCACACCCUCUGUUGCAACCCCAUGUCAAAUGGCUGAGAUACGACAUACCAUGGCUGAGCAGACAGACAGGUCUCCACUCACCCCCAAGGCAUCCUCUCUCACCCAGUCUCCCCAUUCCACUGAGCCGUCCCCAGUACUAGGAGGUCCCCCUGCUAAGGACAGCACCAGCCCAAUUUCACCAUCUGUGGAGAGCAUUUCUAUUAGAUCUGACACACAGCAGAAAUACGACAAGUCACCCUCACCUCCCAAAGCUGGUUCUCCAUCUUCAUCAUUUUCCCUCCCAAAAGAGGAGACACCUUCCCCAGCAAAGGAGACAAAUCCCUUUAAAUGUGAUGAUUCCAUACACGAGGCAAAAUCCCCUGUUGGCCCCAAAGUUCCUACCCCAUCAUACCUACCACUCUCCUCCGAUCUGUAUGAUUAUAACUCAGCCUGUGGGUCAAGGGACCCCAACACCACAAAGAGAAGCCCCUCCGCUCCAUCUAAGACAGAUGUUGACCUCUGCCUAGUCACUUCAUGUGAAUACCGUCACCCCAAGACAGAACUAUCCCCAUCUUUUAUCAACCCUAACCCUGUGGAGUACUUCAUUAAUGAAGAGAACGUCUCAGAUGAGGAGAAGCCUUUGGCCAAGUCAGGAGAAGGGCCCCCACCUCCAGGGGAUAAGCUUCCCACCAAGCAAUGUGAGGAGACCCCACCAACAUCCAUCAGUGAAUCUGCCCCCUCCCAGACAGAUUCAGAUGUUCCACCAGGGACAGAGGAGUGCCCCUCUAUUACAGCAGAUGCUAACAUUGACUCUGAAGAUGAUUCUGAGACAUUGCCUACUGACAGAACCCUGACCUACAGACAUCCCGAUCCUCCUCCAGUGGCUUUCAGGGACUCCGCUCCAUCCUCGGGCCAACAUGAUGUCUGUAUGGUGGACCCAGAAGCCCUCAAGGCUGAAGAAAAUCUCCACAAUGCUAACACAGAGGGAGGCGAAAAAGCCAAGAAGAAAAAACUCACAAAAAAGUCUUCAUCACCAGCCAGGAAGACUACUCUGACAAAAAUCAAGGACACCAAGACUGCCUCUCCAAAGAAGUGUGUCGGAGAGGGAAAAGAUGCCAAAAAUGCAACAAACACCUCUGCGUCCAGAGGUGUGAAAAGUGCCACGUCAGGUGCUGGCAGUGGAAAGGCAUCAGGUGCGGCAUCUCAGCCAAGCUGUCCUCCAAUGUUCAUGGAUUUGGUUUACAUACCCAAUCACUGCAAUGCCAAGAAUGUGGAUGCUGAGUUCUUUAAGCGGGUGCGCUCCUCUUACUAUGUGGUCAGUGGCAAUGAUCAGACUGCUCAGGAGCCCAGUAGGGCUGUCCUUGAUGCUCUGCUGGAAGGAAAGGCCCAAUGGGGAAACAGUAUGCAGGUCACCCUAAUUCCAACCCACGACACUGAUGUGAUGAGGGAGUGGUACCAGGAGACCCACGACAAGCAGCAGGAGCUGAACAUCAUGGUCCUGGCCAGCAGCAGCACCGUUGUCAUGCAGGAUGAGUCCUUCCCGGCUUGUAAGAUAGAGAUGUAAGACCUGCUCUGCACAAGAUCUGUGGAGCAGGAGACCAAGUGAUAAUGAGAAAUCUAUGUAGCAUAAAAACCCAAGCAGACACUUAACAUACAGCAUAUGCUAGAAUGAUACUUCUUGUGCCCUAAAUCAUUGAACCUUAAAUAUCUGAACUGAGGAUAACCUAAUAGAAAUUAACGUUGAGGGGCUCGAUGCAAAGUACAAUGAUUUCACGAUAAAGUAAUAGACCCUUGACAUCCUUAAGGUGUUAUCUGAGUUUUAGGUAUGAAUGAAUUUUACUUGAAGGGAACAAGAAAUAAAAAGCAGCCUAUAGCCAUGAUUGUCCAAUUAUGCUAAGAGCUCAAGUAUAAUGUUGUUGUUUAUGUCCCGAGUUCCUUCUAAAUCCCCAGAUCAAAAUAUAGGAGAACAAGUGAGAUCACAACAUCCCUGCAUAUGGUGCAUUCUUAAGUAAUGGCUGUUAUCCACACCAAAGGAUGAAACAGUAUGUUUUCUGUUAUUGCCUUAGGAAGUUCCAAUGAAUGUACAAGAACUGGUGCAAGUAGCAGAAGAGUAGGGAAACUCUACACACUGGAGGUAACUCUCAUUAAAAGGACUGUUAAAUGAUAGUUGAAUGAUGGAAAAUAUGAAUUAGGGGUGAAUAGCAUGAAUAUGUCUUUUUGGUCUGCUUUCUGUUUCUGCUAAUGAAUAUUUAUUUAUUAUUUCUAAUUAAAUUUAUUGUGAUUGUCUAGAUUUUACAGUGUGCAGCAGAACGUUGCUUCAGAAAUCUCUCCCCUUGCCUUUGACACAUCUGUAAAAUAAUUUUCAUGCAGUUUAGAGGACUGUCGUUCAUUUCAGAUCGCCUGUUUUAUUUGCAUAUUUGAAUAUUUUAUUUCCUUCACUUGUUUUUGUAUGUAAUCAUUUAGCUAUGGGGGAGCAAGCCUUUCCCCAAUGUAUAGCUGGUGAGGCAGGAUAUUUUCCUAAACCUUAAAAUGUCUUGUUUUUCUAAAGCAUUGUACUAUAAUUAUAAAUAGCUUUGAAGCCGACGGGAUGGUUGAAAGACGUGCAUGAGUUAUGAUGUGUUAGGGUUUUUCUCUUCUUCUUUUAAUUGGGAUUUUUCUCUAACUUGCAUUAAGAACAACAGGGCUACAUGAUUUAGUUAUUUAUUUUGCAAGUUGUGCCAUGACAUUGUAUAGAACAGGAAGUAAAGCGGUUGCCUGUGGCAUUGUAUCACAAUCAAAGAUUGAUUUCCAGGUUAACGGGAGCAUUUAUGGAGUUUCUCCUCUGGAACUGGAAUGAGGCAAAGCUUUUGAGAGGGGCAGCACACAGAGAUGAGAGUGAGUGACUUGUGUGUUUCAGAUGAAAGUAUGUACAACACAAAAAAAACUAGACACUUUAAACACAAACGUGACACAAACUAACUGUAACAGAGGCCAGAGAUCAACCAUGACCGGCCAACUUCUGUAGAAAUAUACAACAAAUCGACGCACAUACAGGCUUUGGUACUUCGGGUUAUUAAAUCAACCAAUCACCAAACUCACCAGAUAUUUCUGAAAUGAUGUCAGGUGUUCAUUAAACCACUACGGACGACUUCUCCUGCAGGGGAACCUCAGAACAACACUACAGUAAUAGCUGUCAAACCUACAAAACUCCGGACUGACAUUUCUCUUGAACUGACAUUUCUCCUUUUCUCCGUCUCCUUUCUCUACACUCCUUCUCUCCGUCUAUUUAUCUCUGCCUUUUUCUCCUUAUCUUUCUCUCGGGAGAACUUUACUAAUGUCUGUCUGCAGCUGUGUGGUAUAUUUGUCUUGUGGUCAUGCAUCCUCUCCCACCCUUUUCCCCCCAAAAAACUCAUAUAACCCCCCAAUAGCAAUUAGUUUCAAGUGAGUAUUCCUUAGUGCUUUCUAAUAUUUGUGUGCAAUAUUCCCUCGAUGGCGAAUCUGAUGUAAGAGGAGCUACUGCUGAAGAACAAACACUCAAAAACAACCACAAUAAAAUCUGACGUGAACAAGAA